GUAGUUAUUACGCCCAAGCCGUUAUUUGGAACAUAUGACAUUGUCGAGCCUGGAAAUGUGUCGGAAAGGAGAACAGUUCCUUCUUAUAUUCCAAAACCCUCUUAUGCUGAAACAGGUGUACCGCAGCCAGGACCAUUGGAACCGGAGAUAAAAAAUAAAAAUCAAAUAGAAUGCAUGAUGCAGAGUUGUCUUUUUGCAAAACGAAUUUUAAAGGAGAUUAAAUCCGAGGUUAAACCAGGCAUUACUACCGACUCAUUGGAUAAAAUAGUUCACGAAAUGAUAGUAAACAAUGGAUUGUAUCCGAGUGCCUUGAAUUAUCAACAUUUUCCAAAGUCUAUAUGCACAAGUAUUAAUAAUGUAGCUUGUCACGGCAUACCCGACGAUCGUCCUUUAAAAGAUGGAGAUAUUUUAAAUAUUGAUGUGACAGUAUUCCUAAAUGGCUAUCAUGGAGAUUGCUCAGAAAUGUACGAAGUCGGAACUGUCGAUAGCGAAGGCAAACAAUUAAUUAAAGCAGCAGACAUUUGCUUACAAAAGGCUAUUGCAAUUUGUAAACCAAACGAGCGUUUCUGCAGCAUAGGCAAUAUUAUCGAGGACACAGCGAACGAACUUGGUUACAAUGUAAUACCUGCUUAUUGUGGUCAUGGCAUUGGCUCGUAUUUUCACGGAGCACCAGAUAUUUAUCAUUUCAGAAAUAACGACAGUAAAGUAAUGAGACCAGGAAUGACAUUUACCAUUGAACCAGUGUUGACUCAAGGAUCGAAGGAAGUAGGGAUAUUAGAGGAUAAUUGGACAGCUGUUACAAUAGACUACGCCAGAACAGCACAAGUCGAACACACAAUAUUGAUUACCGAUUAUGGUUGUGAAAUUUUAACUAGAUUAGAAUAAAGUAAAUUUUAAACUAAA